GUGACGGCCGAAUGCUGAAGGUGCAGAGCGAGAUGAGGCGCUUCAAUGUCGGGAUCAUCCUCCUCCUCUGUGCAGGGACCUUGUUGACCACCAUCUUCCUGCAGCUAGAACAGGAAAGUUUUCACACGUUACCUCAAAACCACAUCAAAUCACUUUGUGAUGACUGCAAGGGAAUCAUAGAGACUGUGGUGAAACGUCAUUCAAAAACAUGGAAGAAGCAAGAGGAAAAUAACCAAAAAUUCAGGCAGCAGCUCCGCAGCCAGUGCAAUGGCAUCGACGAGGCGAUCAUCAGCCGGGCCAACACUCCACUGGGAUCGGUGAUUUCAGGUCCAUCGGUUCCUCGUGAAUACCUGGUGAAAAGUGCUGCGUACCAGCUCUUCCCCGACGUAUCUCCUCUCUCAAAUUCCUCGUAUAACACGUGUGCUGUCGUCGGAAAUGGAGGUAUUCUGCAAAACAGCUCCUGUGGAAAGAUGAUCGAUUCAUCUGACUUUGUUGUCAGGUGCAAUUUGCCUCCAUUGUUUGGUGGCUGGGCGGAACAUGUCGGCGUGAAGUCGGACCUUGUGACUGCAAAUCCCACCAUUUUUGAAAAAGUGUAUGGAACCAAACCAGAGCACCAGCGCCUCCUGCUGGAGAAGGUCUAUCCCUUCAAGGACGCCAUGAUUCUCAUCCCGGCGUUUUCCUACCAAACGAAUUUGGUUUUACGCGCGGUCCAGACCCUCAAACACUUCAAGAGCCCGACACGACCUGUUUUUUUUAAUCCCAAGUACAUGGACAAACUGAAACGUUUCUGGAGCUCCAGAGGUGUGGCUGCAAGUCGGUUGAGCAGUGGCUUGAUGAUGGUGAGCAUGGCCCUGGAGGUGUGCAAACAUGUCCAUGUGUACGGCUUUUGGCCAUUCAGUAAGCAUCCAUUCGGCCAGCACUACCUGCCUCACCAUUACUACGAUGACGUGCCACCUAAAGCUCAUUUCCACAAGAUGCCUGUGGAGUUUGAGCGCUUGUUAGAGCUGCAUUUGCAGGGUGUGAUCCAACUGCACCUGGGGAAUUGUGGCACGUAGUUUCCUCUGGCCACCGAAUUUUUGCACUUUCAGGCAAGAAACACAUGUGACACGUUCUGUCACGCCCCGCCAAAGCAAAGAGGGAAGAGGGCAGGAAGCAGGACUUCAGAAUAAAACCAAAAUAACUGCAGCACAUGACAUCAAUUCUUGUUCAAGCAAUAAAACUGCAGCGGUGGAAAGAGUUUUGGCACCUCCCUGCAUUUUAGCGCCAGCGGCAGCACUACCAAAUAAUAAUUUGACAAUAUAAUAUGAAGUCCAAAAAAUACAAUAUAAUUGUGUCUGUAUAUUGCAGGCACACCUUAAUAUUUUUAAUCAUAAUAAUAUCUAGGACUCUGUCAAAUUUUAAGGGGAUCCAAAAGCCUUUCACAUCUGCAGCGGGGGACACAUGAAACACACUCACACCAUAUAUAGGGACAAUAUUGUUGAAUAUAAAACAUCUCUUGGGAACCACUGGGUCACUUUGAAGUAUCUAGGUGUAAAUGAUACAUUUGUUAACAUGAGAAUUACAGGCUACUGUGUGUGUGUGUGUUCUUGGCAUUUGAGGCAUUUGGCUGGACCUCACGAGGUUAAGCCUCAAUCGAAGGAUGAGGAUGAAAAUAACCUGGUUAUUAUGAUGAUCACGGUUCAGGUUUAGCCAUUUGUUUUGGGUGGUUAGGUUUAGGGUGAGAGGCGCCACAGGGAUAAACGUGUGUUAUUUUCAUUUUUUUCUGUAUGUCAUGAAUGAUUUCUCUGGACAGCUCCCACGCGUUGAACGUGUUUUUCAGGUUUGGCCAAGCUAUCGUGUUUAUGGCAACAAUAUUUACGGCCCAUGCACUGAGCUUCACAGACUGAGCAUGCGGAUUUCACUGUGGGCGGUUUCACUACUCGCCUGAAUACUCAGUAAAAGGGAAGUUGCGGUCGGUAAUCUUGAGCGAUGAGAAAGGAAGUGCUCUGCUAAAAAAGUCUAAAGCCAAUGUGAUCAAAUAAAACGUGGCA